UCACUUCUUCAUCACCAAUUCAUAUACCAAUGGCACCUAAUGUCUCUCUUGUUAUUGUUUUCUUGAUAUGCACCGCCGUGGUCUCCGUCACCACAGGCCAUGAAGAUGGCUUCACCGUCGAACUCAUCCACCGUGACUCCCGCAAGUCCCCUAUGUACAACCCAUCGGAGAAUCACUACCUCCGUGUCGCCAACACCCUCCGUCGCUCCAUUAGUCGUAACACGGCGGGGGUGGUGACAAACACAGUGGAGGCUCCUAUUUUCAACAACAGAGGUGAAUACCUCAUGAAAUUAUCCCUCGGAACGCCACCGUUUCCGAUUAUAGCUGUUGCUGACACAGGAAGCGACAUCAUUUGGACCCAGUGCGAGCCAUGCAUAGAUUGCUACAAGCAAGACGCGCCGAUGUUUAACCCGAGUAAAUCGACGACUUACAGUAAAGUGUCGUGUUCCUCGCCUAUUUGCUCGUUUACCGGCGAUGAUCGUCGUUCAUGUUCCUCUACGUCUGAGUGUAUGUACUCGAUUUCUUACGGCGAUAACUCCCACAGCGAAGGAGAUUUUGCUCUUGAUACCCUUUCUAUGGACUCCACCUCUGGUCGCCUCGUUGCAUUUCCUCGUACUGCGAUUGGUUGUGGCCACGACAACUCUGGCACUUUUGAUGCUAACGUUUCUGGCAUUGUUGGACUCGGGCUAGGUCCGGCUUCACUUGUCAAACAAAUGGGAUCGGCUGUUGCUGGAAAAUUCUCUUACUGUUUAACUCCGAUUGGAAGCGAUGAUGUUAAAUCCAACAAACUUAACUUUGGCUCAAAUGCCAAUGUUUCUGGCUCUGGAGCUGUUUCAACCCCUAUUUAUAUCAGUGAUAAAUUCAAAAGUUUCUACUCGCUCAAGUUAAAAGCUGUGAGCGUAGGACGGAAGAAUAUAUUUUAUGUUAGAGCUCGUUCUUCAAUAUUAGGCGAAGCAAAUAUCAUCAUCGACUCUGGCACGACGCUUACAUUACUUCCAGCUGAUGUAUACCAGAACUUUGCCGAAACAAUUUCCAACUCAAUAAACCUCCAGCGCACGGAUGACCCGAAUCGUUUCUUGAAUUACUGCUUCGCAACCACCACAGACGACUACAAAAUGCCACACAUCGCGAUGCACUUUGAAGGCGCCAAUGUGCGCCUUCAUCGAGAAAAUGUGCUCGUUAGGGUGUCGGACGAAGUUGUUUGUUUGGCCUUCGCCAGUUCCCAGGACAACGAUAUUUCGAUCUACGGAAACAUUGCACAGAUCAACUUCUUGGUUGGUUACGAUAUUAACAACAUGUCUAUCUCUUUCAAGCGGGCGAACUGCGUUGCCAUGUGAUUCUCACGCGUGCUUCUUUGUUAUGUUUUUUGAACGUCGAGACGAAAGUAGUAUUCAUAUCCAUGCAUGCAAAAUACUCAUAUUAAUCUCGAGAAAAAUAUUGUAUUUCCAUACGUUGAUUUUUUUUAUGUUAUAUUUAUAUAUAAUUUAUAGA